UACUCACAUAUUUACCUAUACUCACCCUUGUUGGUUCUCGUUGCUUCCUUUCUUCAUUUCGACGCCAAUGGCUUUCGUUGGGGAAAAAGCUAUGGAUGACAAAAAGGUAGAGCAUGGAGUUUCAGUUUCUUCUGAUAUUCUCAAUUCGAUAGCUUUUCGACAAAAUGAAGUUAUUUCUCCUGAAGAUCUUGCUUGGGUUGAUUCCUGCCUAGUUAAAGAUUCUGAUAUUUCAGAAAGUGAUUGGAUCCCUAUGCAACAUGCUUUAUUAGAAAUUAUCAGUUCCCAAUUUCAAUCCCUCAACACUGAAGGAGAAGACAUGGAAAUUCCUCCCUACAAUAUUAGUUCAGAAUGUACUACGGUACAACUUAAUGAGCAUUCUUCAACUUCUGAUGGAAAACACUUAUUUAAACCUUCUUCAUCUUCUGAUAAGAAACACUUAUCUGAGCUUUCUUCAAUUUAUAAUGUUAACCCAUUACUCCGCAUGGCCGUAGAAACAAGUACUAAUGAAAUUCUAGAUGAUGAAAAGACUCGUACUUUGCCAUCUUUCAAUCCUUUCUUGCCAACUUAUAAUGAAGACUUGAAGGAGAAUGAAACCGUUGAUUUUGGAGUUAAUAAUCCGGAUUCUUCCUCUAAUGAGAUGGAGCAACUUGCUGAGAAUAUCUUCAAAAUCUGGGAUUUAGACAUUCCAUCUGAGGAAGGUGAAUUGGUUAAUCAGUUGGACAAUGCUUUAUCAGAGAAUUCAUUUCAAACUGUGCCAUCAUCUUUAGGUGAUUUAGUGAAGUGGAAGGACAUAAAGGAAAACUCACUUGAUGAUCUUACUGCUGCCAUUGCUGACUUAUCAUUAAAUAAAAAUGUCUAGUGUUCUGUACUUAGGUUAAUAUUCUGUAGCUAAUUUAUAGUGUUUACUUUCAUGUAUUAGUAUUAGAAGUUCAAAGUCUCUUUUGCUUGUUAUGUUGAAUGUAUUUUUAUUUGGAACAAUGAUGAGGCCCUGAAUCUUAGCAACAUAGAUCUCUUAUGUUCUAUACAAAACCACCUGUGAUCUCAAGACGAUUGUGAAUAGUGAUUGAGAUGCACCGGAAAAAAAUAGGAAGUA